AUGGGACAACUGGCUGAAAAAUACGAGGCACUGGCAGUGGUGUUAGAGCAUCGGUACUAUGGAAAAUCUGUUCCCACACCAGACCUGUCCACUCAAAAUUUGAAACACUUGUCCAUUGAAUUAGCCCUCAAAGACACGGAACAGUUUGCACUGUAUUUGACCAAAAAGUUGUCACUUGAAGGCAGCAAAUGGGUUGUGUUCGGGGGUUCGUAUGCAAGCGCUCUCGCCGCCUGGUUUAGGGAGAAGUACCCCAACAUAGCUGUCGGUGCCAUAGCCUCGAGCGCACCCGUCGAGACUACGGUCAAUAAUAUGAACUAUUUAAAAGUCGUUAGCAAAUCGCUGGGAAAAGAGUGCUCCAAUAAUAUUAGGAAAGCAAACAUGGUUAUAGAAAACCUACUAAAAACACCGGACGGUGUGAUAAAAUUACGCAAAACAUGGAAUUUGUGCCAAUCAUUUGACGGCAAGAAUAUCAACGAUAAUCGUUGGUUAGCACAAGAAAUGAUGAACAAUAUAGCGCUUACCGUUCAGUACAAUACAAAUAUAAGUCAUAUCAUUGAGACAAUGAACGACCCCUCAGGCGGUACACCACUGGAAAGACAGUGGGUGUAUCAGACGUGCACUGAAUUGGGAUACUUUGAAGCAACAGAUCUCCCGGACUGUGCUUUUGGUCAUAACAUUCCCGUUAAGUAUUAUAUCCAACAAUGUGUUGAUAUUUUUGGCCCACAAAUAACAGCUCAAACCGUACGGAACGGCAUUCACCGGACGAAUGCCUAUUACGGGGGUUUAAAGCCAAACGUAACAAACGUGGUGUUCCCUAACGGGUCACUCGACCCCUGGCACGCACUCAGUGUUCUUAAAGACCUUAAUAACAGUACCAAAGCUGUGAUGAUUGAGAACUACUCACACGGCGGCGAUAUGUAUGGCUCGAGUCCGUCGGAUACCCAGAGUUUAAAAAACGCCCAGAAAUUGAUUGAACAACAAAUUGCUGAAUAUUUGAAAUAA